AGUGUCCUCAGAGAGGCUUGAGCAGCCGGAGGAGACCACUGAAGUCCAGAACCUCCAAGGUCACCCCGCGAACAGCCCAACAGCCCCUGACCCUUUCUCUGCCUCCACAGCUCCUGGCCCGACCCCAGCAUGGCAGACGAGCGCAGUGUUGCGAGAAAGUCUAAGAUCACCGCCUCGAGAAAACUGCAGUUAAAGACCCUGAUGCUGCAGAUUGCCAAGCAGGAGCUGGAGCGUGAGGUGGAGGAGCGUCGGGGAGAGAAGGGGCGUGCUCUGAACGCGCGGUGCCAGCCGCUGGAACUGGCUGGGCUGGGUUUCACCGAGCUGCAGGACUUGUGCCGGCAGCUGCAUGCCCAAGUGGAUAAGGUGGACGAGGAGCGCUAUGAUGUGGAGGCUAAAGUCACCAAGAACAUCUCGGAGAUCGCAGAUCUCACCCAGAAGGUCAUUGACCUUCGGGGUAAGUUUAAGAGGCCCACCCUGAGGAGGGUGCGGAUCUCAGCGGACGCCAUGAUGCAGGCAUUGCUGGGCACCAGGCCCAAAGAGUCCUUAGACCUGCGGGCCAACCUCAAGCAGGUGAAGAAGGAGGACACAGAGAAGGAGAACCGGGAGGUGGGAGACUGGCGCAAGAACAUCGACGCUCUGAGUGGCAUGGAGGGCCGCAAGAAGAAGUUUGAGGGCUGAGCUGCCGCCCGCCUGGCUGGGCACCACCUGCAGAAUAAAACUUCUCUCUGAGCUGCA